AUUUUGCUAUCUAACCGGUUAUUCUUACCGAUUUGACCUUCGGUUAAAACCGCACUCUAAAUAGUGUUUUUUAACUUGCUAAUUUGGCUAGUGCAGCAGAGAUCUAAAGGAAAGGUUUUGACUAGAUAAAAGCUGUCACAACAUAAAACGGAAGCGAUGUGACGUGCUCAAAGUAGCACAUCUUAGAUGUAUUUCACCAGAAAAGGCAUUGAUAUGUGUAUAUGUCGGCUUUGCAAAGCAAUACUCCGAUACAACAACGGCAGCAUGUUAAACCACAUCAAAUACAAGCACCCAGCCACCGUAACAGAAGCUUUGGGUCGUAAAUCAAAAACGACCGUCGGGUCGUUGAAGUACAGCAAAAGAGAAGCUGCAAUAAAGGAAGAGAAGACACUGUCCAAGAAGAGCGCACAUGAGGAUGAGGAGCCACACCCUAAAAGAGGGGUGUCAAAGCAAGAACCCAAUACUUCAGAGGUAGCCUUGACAGAAGGUGGGGCUCCAGAGCAGUUUGAGUUUCAGUAUGGACUUGAGGGACCAGCAUUUGAGAAUGGGGAGUCCUCCAAGAGCCAUCUGUCCAUCAUCAAAGUAGAACAACUGGACUCCCUCCUCCCAGACCAAACAGACUCCAGCUGUGGUUCAGGGUCACCUGGGGAUUCGGGGCCUCCUGGCUCAUCUGGUUCUGGGUCCAAUACUAGUCUGGCUUCACAGUUUUUCAAGAAGUGCCACCAGGCAGGCUGCACACAAUUCAUCUUCUCGGAGUUCGCCUCCCGCCUCAGCAUCAUCACUGAGAGGAUUGCAUCCCAGCAGGCCAGCGAGGAAGAUUUCAACCUCACCCUGAAAGUGCUGGAGGCCUCUGGGAUGCUGCCAGAGAUCUUUACCAAAAGAGAUCAAGAAAUGGAGAAGAGACUGGGGGAGCUACAGAGAGAGACUGUAGCGGUGAGGACUGCCAGGUCUGCCAUGAGAGAUGCUUGCGUCAUGAGCUUCACCUCAUCAUGACAGCACCGCUGAAGAUCAAAGCAGUUUUAUAAGGUGUUAUAACCAGGGCCUGGGUUUUCUGACAACUUGACUGAACUAGGAAGGUAUAGGACCUGGAGUUUUCCCUGGUCAAAUCCCCUCGUCAGGAAAAACGGGUCCUCCUUUUAACCAAAAUGUAAAUAUUUCAAACCUUUUGUAUUUGACAUAUUUUUCUACCCGUGUUCAAACUUGACCUCUGUGAUAUUUGACUCUGAUAUUUGAACUCUGACAUUUGAAUGCAGUUUUUCACCCUGGCCACUAACUUGAGUGGUAUGUUAUACCUUAAAUUGGUCAUAUAAUCUUUUGACAGACAUUGGUUAUGAGGUUAUUGGUGAUGUUUUGAUGUUAGUAGGUGAUCCUUAGUCUACCCCUCUGUACUGUAUGUUAUAUGCGCACUAACCCUUAACAGACUUACUAUAGCCUAAUAUACUGAAUGUGCAAAUUAGUCAAUUUUUUUGACUGUUACUAUGUCCACUAGUACAAUGAGAUCAACUAUUUAGAAUACACUAAUAUAGUAUACUUGAGAGUAAAGUUGAGACCUGAAUGAAUUAAACUUGUUAUGUAAAUGGUGUGAUUAUUUCAGAUUAAAAAAUGUCCUGGACUUGA